AGUCAAAUUACAUAGCUUCUUGAUUCCAGCCUAUCAACAUAGAUGCACCAAACACUAAAUUAGAGAGAGAAAGUUAAAGAGAGAUGGGAAGAGCUCCUUGCUGUGAUAAGGCAAAUGUGAAGAAGGGGCCUUGGUCUCCUGAAGAAGAUGCAAAGCUUAAGGAGUUCAUGGAGAAAUAUGGCACUGCUGGAAAUUGGAUAGCUCUUCCUCAAAAAGCUGGUCUGCAAAGAUGUGGAAAGAGCUGCAGAUUGAGAUGGCUUAAUUAUCUCAGACCUAACAUUAAACACGGUGAAUUUUCUGAUGAUGAAGACAGAAUUAUUUGCACUCUCUUUGCCAGCAUUGGGAGCAGGUGGUCGAUCAUCGCAGCCCAGUUACCGGGGCGAACCGACAACGACAUAAAGAACUACUGGAACACGAAGCUGAAGAAGAAACUAAUGGGGCUUAUUCCAUCAACAUAUUCAUUUCCAAACACCUUCCAAACACAGCCUCACCCUCUCUCUAACCUCUACAGAGAUUUCAACUCGUUUCAUCUCCAAACUGCUAAAUCAGUUGAACCAGCGCCAUUGCCAUCUCUCUACUGCAAUAAUUCCAACACAUUUUCGCUAACCACAUCUCAGUAUCCCUAUUUUCCGCAAAAUCAAGAAUUCUAUAAUGGGAAGGAAAGCAGCAACAUGCUCAUGUUUGGUGGCAAUGAAGCGAGCUGCUCUUCAUCUGACAGCAAAGACCAUGUCAAACAGGAAGAAAUCGCAUGCGCUUUUCAGGGGCUUUACGGCGGAUUUGAUCAAGGGGAUCAGAAAUUCAUGCUUCAUGAUGCGUUUAUUGAUCAAAAACCGAUUAAUUUGGGGAGUGAUAUGGAGCUAGUUAAACAGCUGAUUAGCAACGAUAACAGCAGCGGUUUGGUGUUCAAUCAUGAUGAGGGGAAGAGCGAGGAGAGAGAGAUGGUGUACUACUAUAGCUAGAGAGAGAAAAUUGAGUGUAAGUACAAUCUGAAAGAUUUGAAGGGGCAUGGUUGGAGCAGACCCACUCAAGAUUCAGAUUUUUAUUAUUGAAUGAAAAAAGAAAAAAAGAGUUUCAGUUUAUGGGGUUUUGUGUUGUGAUGGAAAAUUUGUGGGAAAAGAAAAAAAAAGACUUCUUUC